AUCGCCAGAGACGACUAAGUUUCCGGAAGUACUACGAGCGUGACUUCACAGGACAAGGAAGCGUUAUUUAUUUUGCUCUUAUUUUUCGUCUAACUUGGCUGACAACCCCGCUUAACCGCUUGGAUCCCUUCUGGUAACUCUUUAUUAUGCCCUUUUUUGCCUCCAACCCAUUUGACCAAGAUGUGGAGAAGGCGACCAAUGAAGCCAACACGACAGAAGAAUGGACUGUUAUUAUGGACAUCUGCGAUAGAAUUGGAACGACACCUAAUGGACCUAAAGAUGCGCUGAGGUCCAUCACAAAGAGAUUGAACCACAAAGUACCUCAUGUGGCCAUGCAGGCCCUCAAUUUGCUGGCCGCAUGCGUGUCCAACUGUGGCAAAAUCUUCCACUUGGAGGUCUGCUCACGGGAGUUUAUGGGUGAUGUCCGCAGCAUGCUGACCAAACAGGCGCACCCGAAAAUGUGCGACAAGCUGAAGGAGCUGAUGUUGGAGUGGGCUGACAACUUCCAGGGGGAUCCUCAGCUCAGCCUGAUCGGCGCCACCGUCAAGACCCUGAAAGAGGACGGUGUCAUCUUCUCGGAAGGGUCCGGCGGGAAGGACGGCAGCUCUCCUGCCGGGAGCAAAGCCCCGGAUGACGACGAUGACGAUGACCUGACCAAAGCUAUCGAGCUGUCCCUGCAGGACCAGAAACACGAUGCCGGCGAUCCACCCGGUUACGGCAGCAGUGACCUGGCAAGGGAAGUGCGCAAGGUCCGAGCGCUGUACGACUUUGAAGCAGCCGAGGACAACGAGCUCACCUUCAAAGCCGGAGAGAUUAUCCUGGUCUUGGACGACAGUGAUCCAAACUGGUGGAAAGGCGAGAACCACCUUGGCGUGGGUCUGUUCCCAUCCAAUUUUGUCACCAGCAGCCUGAACACCAGCCUGAACAGUGAAUCAGAAACAGUGUCUUCAGGUGAGAAAGUGGUCCAUUCGGAGGAGUUGAUUGCCCAAGCCGAAAGUGAACCUGCGUCCAUCUUCAUUGAUGAGGCGAAGAUGGACAGAUCAUUGGCGCUGCUGCGGAACCUUGACCCGGCAGAUCAGACUUCAGACCCGCUUGAGCUGAUCCAGCUGGAAGACGCUUGCGAGCAGAUGAACCCCAUUAUCGACGAGAAGCUGGAUGAACUGGACCGGAAACACUCUGAGCUGUCGGAGCUCAACGUGAAGGUUUUGGAAGCUCUGGAGCUCUACACCAAACUUAUGAACGAAUCGCCCCUGUACCAGUCCUACUCCAAGAUGGCCCAGUACGGAUCGGCCGCCCCCGCAACCUCCAUGCAGGGUUAUGCCAGCCAAGCCACGGCCGCCGCCACAGCGGCGCCUUACAUGCCCCAAGGGAUGCCCCCACCUCAGGCCUACAAUUUGCCCAACGACCAGCAGGCGGCGCUGCAUUCACUGCCCAACAACUGCCAAGCUGCAGGGCCAACCUACAUGAGCAGCGGCAUCGGCUCCCACCACCAAUACGUCAACCAGGCAGCCGGCGGUGCCGUUUACUCGCAAAUGCCCGUCGACAUGUCGGCCUACCAGAGCGGCGCCGGGCCGCCCGUGUCCUACCCUCCUCCUGCUGCUGCUGCCGCCCCGCAGCACCACCAACACCAGGUGCAAGGGGCAUACUACCAACAGCCCCUCCUCUGAACAAUAACUUAGACCCAUGUGUGUAUGUCUGUGUGAGUGUGUUUGUUCUUGGUCUACCUGAUGACUACUUCCUGGCUAAAAUGGUCCCAGUGGUGAGGAUGGACACGCCCACCUUUUUGACUUUUAAUACCAAACUCGUUUUUUAUUUUAAAUUGUCAACGAGCGGAUGAAGUAUGUAGCCCCUUUCAUGCUGGCUGACAAAUCCAUGAAAAAGGUGUGGCUAUCCCAAAGGAUUUGUUAAUAGUUGACUUGCGAAUGUAACUUGGUAUCUGAAGCCCCUUUCAUGCUGCCAAUCAUGCUUGUUGUGUUGCUCUUUUGUGUGAAAUGAAGCAACAAGAGCAAAUGAUUGAAUGAACAUCAUCUGAGCCUAAACAUCUGACUCUAAAGCAAUCAUCAACCCCAUCAAAAUCAGCACUCAUCCAUUUUCUACCCCCUCAGCUGGUCCCUGUGCUGUACGGCCACACUCUUCUUUUUGUGUAUUUUCUCUCCUUAGCUGUGUACAUGUUACCACUGGAGGCCUUGUCCACCUGCGUACCAACACAAGCGUGGCUCAGGUGUGCUGCUACUGCUUGUGAAUUAUGAUUAAUAAUAUAUAUGUGUGUAUAUAUAUUCCAAAAAAGUGCUCUUCUACCAUUUUAUAACUUCAAAAAUGUUAUUCCAGAUAAUAAAAAAAAUAAACACA